UAAAAUGUCCCACUUGCUGCAGCCUCGUCUGCCUGUCUGUGUACAUGGGGACCAGGUAGAUUAGUUCAGAUGUCGGACACCGGGGAGCAGUGGCAGGUGGCCCGGCGACGAAAAGGCGCAGCGCGGAAAUCAAACCCACUUCAGGUGUCCUCAAAUUCAACAUGCUGCCAGGAGCAGCUGGACGUCGGGAGAACUGUUAAACGAGUCAGAGACACAGUGUCUGAGCUAAGAUGUGAGGAGUUGUGGCCGGAGUGGAAAGGAUUCUUGUGUUCAGAGCAGCUGCUGGAGGCAGGAUCAGCAGUCCUCUCACAACCUCCAGAGAACCGGGACACUGAGGGUCCCACCGAGCAGCUGGGGAGGAGCAGAGAUGGACAACAACUGGAGUGUGUGUGUUAUGGCCUGGGCUCUUUUUCCUCCUGUGUCUCAGCUCGCUACCAACUGGCCAUGCUGCUGCUGCUGCUGGAUGCAGGAGAGAUUCCACUGAAGGACUGCUCUGUUUAUGACCCUGCUUUCUCCUCUGGAGAGAGGGAUGUUUUGAAAGAGCUGGGUCUGACCGUACUCACAGAAAAUGAGGAGGGGAAGCGUCUGGCGACUAAGCCCACACUCUUCUACCUGAUGCAUUGUGGGAAAGCCCUGUACAACAACCUUCUGUGGAAGAACUGGAGUACACAAUCUCUUCCUCUCACGAUUAUCAUUGGAAACAGCUUCAAUGGCAUGAGGGAAAGGACAAUCGAGAGGGAGUUCAAGCAGGACUACAGCUACAUUACUCAAGCUCUGUCUGUGUGUGAGGAGAGACAGCUGCCUUGUCCGUCCCGACUGAUUGACGUCUUCAGCGACACGGCGGUCAUCACCUUUCCUACCAGUGGCCUUAACAGACUCCCACAAUCCACCUGGACAGAGCCGCCUGAACCACAGUACCAGCACUGCCCUGAUUUGGAGAUUAUUUUAAGGAAAACGCAGAGCUGAGACAAAAUAAACCCUGGUUCAACUCGUAAUACUGAACCACCUGGACUAGUUUUUAACACCCCCUGAAAAUCUUGUUUUAGUGACCUCCAGUGGUUUAAUUUCUGACCUCGCUGCAGUGAUGUACAUGUGUACUCCAGGACAACGUGACAUCACUGUUUGGUACAGUUAGAGGUAAAUCAAAGGACUUUCUGUUGUGCACUGUUCACAGCCGUCAGUGAAUCUGGGUGUGGUCAGAAUGGAAACAGACUUGUGUUCAGUUACUCCCUAAAUAUGGGUUAUACAGCAUUUUCUUGAGUUACAGUAACACGAAAAUCCACCUGCUUUAAAGGGCUUUUUACAGCAUCCGUGUCUACUGGUGUGAUUUUAGAUUUUUAUAAAAACAACAUUAGUGCUAGAUUGUUCACCAGGUGGGGCAUGCACCUCUAUGGUUUUCCAACAUUUUUUCUUUCUUGGAAUUUACUUUUUGAAAUGAUAUGUUGUUUCCACAGUAAUACCUUCAGUAAAAAUGUAACUUUUACAUUAAAAAAACAGAUUGAUUUCCA